CGAUAAGCGUCGCGGUCGGAGCGAAAUCACCCGGCGCAGCGGCCGCAGCAAGCCGGUCGCUCUUGAGUCCCAGCCGCAGUCCGCGAUCUUCCGCCUCUUCCCGCAGCAGCAAAGGAAAUUAUAGACCUUCCGGCGGUAGUUCUAUGCCUUCAACGAGCGGUGAGGCGGCGCUGGACGCACCAGAACCAGUGCUCUCGGACGUGGCGAGCAGAGUUGUAGACCUGCUCGAAGGUAGCAGCGGUCCUUCUGUGCAAGAUGGAGCGUCCUCGGGCGCAGCUUCAUCCGCAGCGAUACGUUCGGGAGGAAGCGCAUCGACAACGAGCCCCACAUCUGCGACGUCGCGCAGUAAGACGACCACCAAGAAGGCAAGUGCGACCCCGCGCGCCGGCGCGCGCAGUAGUCGAGCGGCCGCGGGCGGUGCAGGUUCGUCUCCCACAUCCAGUGAGCAAGGUGAGCUGGAUUCGAUCCCCCUUGCAGAACAGCGCAUCGUUCCCCGGCAAGUCCCGUACAAAACGCAGCAACACCCCGCAACCCCUCUGCUGGUGCCGGUUAGUGCGAACGCGCAAACCGGUUCUACGGGCGGAAGCGCAAGUACGGGCAAUCGAGCCGCG